CAAAUACGAACAAAAUAUUUUGUUUCAAACGAAUCCGUUCCCCCAGCGGCUUCCAUCAGCCGAUCCGUUUUUCUCGCUCUGCUCUUAGUUAGCCUGCACUCCGUCCACCCUCGUCUCCUCCGGUUCUUUCACUUUGGGAAGAAAGGCAGGUGGCUGCAGAGGAGUGGAGUGGGGAGAGGGAGGAGAGAGAGAUGGGGAGGGAAUGGCAUUGGAGCCGCUCUUUGGGUAAAGGGGAUAAGGAGAGCCCUGGAUGCAUGAGCGGCAUGUUCCAGUACUUCGACUUCCACCACCUUCUCUUCACCGGCAGCAGCCGAUCCGUGCCGCCUGGCUCGUCGCCCGAAGUCCACAACCCCACUUCUCAGCUCAAAGGUGUCGAGGCGCCAAGGAAUAGCCUGGAGCUGGACGAGGAGAAACCACCAUCUGCUUCGGCCAUUCCAGAGGAAUAUGAUGAUGUCCCUGUUGGGGUACAAGUAGUCCUGAAACCAGCUGCAUUGAUAACGUUGUUUGAGGAGGAGAGAAGGAGCUCGCAGGCUGAGACGCCAAGGACACCCGGCGUCGUCGCCCGUCUCAUGGGCUUAGAGGUGCUGCCCGACCAGCUCUCUUGUCCAACUACACCAUGCCGGAAAUCUCCUCCGCUGGUGGAAUCUCGGAAGCAAUAUGGAAAGAAGAGCAAGAAGAAGAAACUCAAACGUGAAUGCAGAAGAGAAUUGGUAUCCCCUCGGCAACCCCUCCAAAGUAUAAACUGCAAUGUUGCAGGAAGAUAUGAAAUGGGGUCCCGUUCGUUGCCGGACACUCCGAGAGCGUCAUCAGCCAGGUCAUGGGAUUCAUACCCAAGGCUAUCUUUGCAACUUCAGAAGGAGAGCACAAACAAGGCCAUGCAGGAGUUCAGCUACUUGUGCGAGGUGUCUGGGGACUACUCGCUCCCACCUUCGCCAUCAUCACCUUCUAUGGCAAAGUCUAGGAAGAGAGAUUACCAAUAUGAGAACAAGAGCCCGAGAAGCCACUACUAUGGUCGGGAGAUUGUGAAGCAAGUCAAGGAAAGCAUCAGUAGCAGGAGAGGAGACAGCAUUGAUGAUUUUGCAGUCAGAUCAAGUAGAACUAAACCAGCCGAGAAGAAAGGAACAUGCUAUGUUGAUGCAUGGAGCCAGCGCAAGUCCCCGACAAUGAAUCCGCCAGCAUCAUGUUCACCUCCUCGGAUCAGGUUCUUGGGGCCCUCGAAGAGCAGACUGGGGGACGAUCGCAUUCCCAAAUCCCAGCAACAGCCAAAAUUUACUCGCCAGAGAUCACCAUCGCCUACUUUGCCAUCAUCUAAUUCCUUUGGAAGUAAAGAUAAUGUGGAUGGAAAGGCAGUUAAGAUAGGUCCAAGCAAGUCCAAGAAAGCAAGCUGCGAGCGCUUCACCGAGAGGAUCAAGAAGCAACAUCCAGCUUCCGAAACAGCCGGACCGGAUGCCUUAUCAUCCCCUUCGCAGCCGGCUUCCAUGCUCCAGAAGCACCUCUCAGAAAAGAAGUGCAGCUCUAUCCCUCCAUUUGUUAGAAUCAAAAGGAAGGAAGCAUCUCGUCCACUGUCAAGGCCGGUACCCGAUCGAAUCCAGCAAUAUCCUUCCUGCUCGGUCCAAGAGCAAAAAUUGGUGAAUAUUGGAGUUGAAGGUGCUUUAAUGCCAUUGAAGAGCCAAAGUAGUCCCCAACGCCGAGUACCAAUGGAGCAGGAUCCCGAGUACAGAUAUAUGAGGUCCAUACUAGAAGUAGCAGGGAUCACGGGAGUAGCCAUCCCUUCAUUAAGAUGGUACUCCUCUUCCCUCCCCAUAGACCCCACCAUCUUCCACCAGCUCGAGCUCGAGCUCCCCUUCUUCCCGGCAGAAGAAGGCCAGCCACAGAGCAAAGUCGAGGGGGAAAUGAUCCUCCUCGGCCCUCUGCGUCACCGAUGGAACAGGAAGCUCCUGUUCCAUCUGGUGGAGGAAAUCUUGGGAGAUCUCCUCCGGCGGCCACACCUCACCACCCCCACCACCCAUCAGAGUCAUCUAAUCAAGCAUCAUGAUAUGGACCGCGGGGACAAAGCCGACGGCAGCGAAUUGUUGCUACGGGAGCUCUGGAGGCAGAUCCAGAGCUUCCCGGCGGCCGACUGUCAGGUGGUCGGCGACAUCGACGCACUCGUGGCGGGGGACCUGCCGGAGGCCAAGAUACGGCGGCUGCUGGUGCACCCCUCGGUGGUGGAAGAGGCUGAGGACAUCGCGUUGGAGGUCGAGCAGGAGAUCUUUGACGGCGUCCUCGUGGAGGUCGCGGCAUCUCUCGCCCUCGCCUCCCGAAGGACCUGACGUCACCUUAUUCCUAACGGAAACGCCGGGAGCUCAAAUCAUUGGGUUCUACGACGUCUCUGCAUGCUCACCCUCAUCAACCUUAACUCCUUUUUCUCCUCUUCCCAUCAUCACGAUACAUGAAAAAAGAUGCUUGCGUACUUCCAAAACAAAGGGGUGCCUGAAUGGCUACUCAAAUGGUCAUGAUGCGUCACCCUGUAUGAAUAUAUAUUUGCACGUUAUUCUCCACUUAUCUUCUUUGUAUAAAAAGUAUGCAUCCCCUUUAUUCUCUCCCUCUUUUCAA